CUGCGAACCUUUCAUUCCUAGCCCUACAUAUGCCAGUUCAGCUCCAUUUGCAAUUUUUCUGAUUUCUCACGCAGUUUGAGUUCCAUUGGGGGAUCCAAACAAACUCCAUUAACUCUACUUUCAACCAACUCCUCGUUUUAUCCAUCCAAAACCAACCUCCUCGUUUUAGCCUCCACACUUCCCACGCCUAUUUCUCUUUCGUAAGUGCUUUAAGGUUAGAAAAAGCGCAGAGGUAGCUCAAAUGGACGCCAAUGAGAUGGAAUCCCAACAACAGAAGGCGGCUGGUGAAGAUGAUUUUCCCCUUACAAGCACCGCUGGUCUAAACAAGUUCACUCUUUUAUGUGCUCUUUUGGCCUCCACAAACUCGAUUCUCUUAGGCUAUGAUAUUGGUGUAAUGAGUGGAGCAGUGCUGUUUAUCAAAGAAAACCUCAAAAUCACAUCAGUUCAAGUAGAAAUCUUGGUGGGUAGCUUGAAUGUACUUUCACUUGUAGGCUCACUUGCAUCUGGCAAAACAUCAGAUUACAUAGGUAGACGUUACACAAUUGUUCUAGCAGCAGCCACAUUCCUUGUGGGUGCACUUUUAAUGGGAUUUGCACCUUCUUUUCCGUUGCUCCUAGCUGGCCGCAUAGUUGCUGGCAUUGGCGUUGGCUAUUCCCUUAUGAUUGCACCUCUCUACACAGCUGAGAUCUCUCCCGCUAUGAAACGUGGGUUCCUUACUUCCCUCCCUGAGGUAUUCAUUGUGUCUGGCAUCCUGCUAGGCUACAUCGUUAACUUUUCCUUAUCAGGUUUGCCCCAAAACCUAAACUGGAGACUGAUGCUUGGCCUCGCAGCAGUACCCGCAAUUGCCAUUGGAAUUGGUGUUACAGCAAUGCCAGAAUCACCUCGUUGGCUGGUGAUGAAAGGUAGAACCCAUGAAGCAAAAAGGGUAUUGAUCAAAGUCUCGGAUACUGUUCAAGAAGCUGAAUUUAGACUCAGUGAAAUAACGAAAGCCGCUGCCAUGGAUUUAGGCGAAGCAACCUCAUCAAACCACAGCGAUUGGCGUGGCCAGGGGGUAUGGAAGGAGCUUCUAUUAAACCCAUCAAAACCCGUUUGUAGAAUUAUCAUUGCAGCCAUUGGGAUUAACUUUUUCAUGCAAGCAUCAGGCAAUGAUGCUGUUAUAUACUAUUGUCCCGAAGUGUUCAAAGAUGCUGGGAUUCAAGAUAAGAGACAGCUCUUCGGUGUGAAUGUGAUAAUGGGAGUAGCCAAGGCUACUUUUGUGUUGAUUUCAGCUGUUUAUUUGGACAGAUUCGGAAGACGGCCUUUGUUGUUGCUAGGGUCAAUUGGGAUGGCCGUAUCAUUGGCUGUUUUGGGCAUGGGUUCCAAGUUUCUCCAACACUCAGAAACCAAACCAUUGUGGGCAAUCAUUGUGUGCAUCAUUGCUGUUUGCGCCGAUGUUUCCUUCUUCUCAAUCGGGCUGGGUCCGAUCACAUGGGUUUAUUCAUCGGAAAUAUUCCCAUUGAGGCUUCGGGCCCAGGGCACGGGCCUGGCUAUAUCGGUGAAUAGGUUGGUGAGUGGGGUGAUGUCGAUGACGUUUCUGACAAUAUCCGAGAAAAUAACAUUCGGGGGAAUGUUCUUUGUGCUGUCUGGAAUCAUGGUGGUGGCCACUCUCUUCUUUUAUUUCUUUCUUCCCGAGACCAAAAACAAGAGCUUGGAAGAGGUAUGGGCACUCUUUGAGGAUAAAGACACAACUGAUGAUGAUCAAAGGGGAAUGCAAAUGAGGGAGAUGUAGUAUGAUGUUUUUCUUUUUAUUUUAAAUCAUAUAUAAUUUUAGGGUGAGAAUUAGAAGAAGUGGAAUCAAAUUUAGCAAAAUAAUAAUAAUGGGUAAAUUAUCAAAAUAGUCAUUUUUGUUUAUCUUAUAUUACAUUUAGUCAUUUAUAUUUAAAACAUUAUGUUUUAGUU